AUGACGUUGGAUAGUGAUGCAUCGAAAAGAAGCGACAAUUACCUGUUGCCUUGGAUUCUCGUUCUCGAAGAGAGGACGUCGAUGCGCAUGGCGCAACCGAUGUUUUUUUUGACACCGCCUCCUCUCUCUGGGGCCGGUGGCGCUGCUGCUGUUGCUCGUGCCUACGAAGGAACAGACAGCCCCGUUUUCGACGACCUAACCGUAACUACUUUGCGGGUUUUUCCAGAUGCAGUUAUCACAUCUCGCGAACAGCUGUUUCAUCCAUUUAUUGAUGUCUAUUUUUGGCUGCGCUUUUCAGUUUUCGGCGCGCUUUCAUCUUCGGGCGUUGCUGCGAAUUCGCGAGUGGGUGUUCUCACGGUGACAUACACCACUAGCAACAAAUACACACGCUCUAGGACGACUGAGUGCACGGCGAUAGUCGCUAACUGCCUAGAGAUCAACAUUUCACUUCCGAAGAGAGCCGACUGUUACGGCGGCGGCGGUAGUGGUGGCUGCUAUCCGGUAGCCGCUGCUUAUAGCAGCUCGCUGCCGUCGACGAGCUUCGCUGCUCCGUCGCCUCAACCGGUACCGAUGGGCGCACGAACAGCGAUGGCCACGGCCACUUGGUAUCCUCAGAAUCCCCAGCAAGGUAAUGGGUACCUGGCUGCUUCAGUUCCACAAGCGAGGCCAGUGGCGAAUGGGCCUUGUCCGUCCACGUCGACAUAUCCACAGCCAGGUUAUCCAGCAUCCGCUGCAUCGCCGAGCUCCAUGAAGAUGUCACCGAAUGCUUCGCCAUACGCGCAAUAUGCGUUAAAUUACUAUCAUCAGCAGAAUCUAGCUCGAGAACGUGAACGAGAGGUGUAUUACCGAUCUCGGAGUAUGAUGAUGCCGAUGUUGCCACAUCAACAACAUAUCCAACAACAACCUCCUGAUUGGCGGCAUUAU